UAUAAGGCUACGCACAAACUACUCAAGACUGCAGUCGGCACAAGAUCGUAUCAAUUCAGCACGUCCACAGUUUCAAUAACAACCCGAAGACCUCUCCAAGAGACCACAGAGCAACAGCAGAAAACCACAGCAUCAUCCACAUCAUCCUCUCGUUUUGAAUCUUCCCCUAGUCCCUCUUUAAAAACUAGGAAAACGCAGUCUACUUGGAGUCCUCUUUAUAAAUCUGAGUCUACGGAGCCAUUUUCCUCGGGAGACCCAACCGCACGUCCAGAGUCUAAUCUCCCUCCCAUUACCGAUCGUUCCACAACCAUGACUACGCCUCCAGCACAGGGAACAACAUCAGUGACCACGUCUUCUCGGAUUCCUGUUCCUGAGACAACGAAGAGUAUUCCUAUUUCCCAGCAGAUUUCUACCCAGCACUCAUCUGCCCUUCCCCUCAAAACAUUGUCUACGACUGACGUGAACGAAGAAACUACAGAAGUCGUGAAAAGCACGCUAACGCCGACAAGGAAGACUGGAACUCCCCAACCGGCUCUGGAAUCAAACGAAACAAGCGGAGAUUUUCCUGGUCUUGCAGAAGAUUACCGCAAAAGUCAGUAUUUGGUCACAGUUCUGACUUGGUUACUCGUAUGUUGCUUCAUUUCUUUGAUCUUGAGCGGCACUGUCAUCGUGUGGCUGACCCUGAAAAUGAGAAGAAUGCAAACCUCUUUGAGACAGAUUUCAGUGGACAAUCGUGCGGAAAUGUCCGUUUUCCCGGAAGACCCGAUUUACGACGACGUUGGGCCCGAAAAUUCAAACACUGCGCCGUCCGAAGAAGCCACACCUGAGAAUCCUGACGAGUCGUUGUACGCUGAAGUUCUCCCUGAGCCUUUGGCCUCAGCUGACCACGAAUACGCAAGUGCCAGGACCCCUUCUCCUGAGCCCUACGAGGAACCUUUGCGUCUGGGAAACACCAACGCGGGAAAUCCAUCGGAACCGGUGUAUGACGAAGUUGGUAAAACGGAGCAGGAAAAUAUUUACGAUGACGUCGGACCAGGACCGUCUUCUGGACCAUCAAGGAACGAAAACUCGGGACGUAAGCCAACAGAGUCGGUGCAAUAUCUUGAGGUGCUGCCUAAAAGUGGCUAAACUCAAGCUUUAGUGGUGAACUUCUAAUUUAUUUUGUUUUCUCAUUAAGCAUAAAAAUAUUUCAGCAACAGUUGUUGUAAACUGAGAAUCAUAUAAAAUAUUGUGUGUUGCAUUUUAAUCAAUAGUUAUUUAAAAAUAAUAUAGAGCUCAACAUAACGUUAUGUUUUUUGUUAUUUUGUAAGACAUUUUUAGGUAAAUAAAAUAUAUUCCCUAACUAAACUGUUGGUUUUCUUAUCUAAUCCAUUUAUAAGUCUAGAUAUCAUGGCCAAAUGUUAA